UCGGGGGUGGUGUGACGGCUCCACCCGCUCCUAGCGACUUCCCCCUUGCCGCCGCGGGCUAGGCUCGGCCGGGCACGCCGAGCGGUUCCCGGGGCGUGCAGGGAGAGCGGCGUUCUGCCCCGCUCUUCGGCGUCAGCCUCGUCUCAGCCGCCGCGCUGCCCCGGGGCCCGCCCCGGGGUGGGGCUUUCCCGCGGCGCCCCGGCCGCGCUGUGCUGCCGCACGUCCGCGGAGUCCCCCGCUGCUCUUCCUCUCCGUGGCUGCGGCCUUGCCGGAGCCGGAGCCCCGCAGCAGGUCGGAGGUGAGCCGUGCCCGAGCCCCCGGCCGGCGGGGCGACGCUGCGCCCGACGCGGCCGCACGGCGGGAGCGGCGCGAAGCCGCCCCCUUACCCCGGAGCCGCCGCCGCCGCCCCCGGCGGAGGUCCCGGCUGCGGGGAGGCGGGGGCGAGCCGUGGCGGGCAGAGCUGCUCGUUUGUGGCUCUGUCCAAGGUCUCUUGGAAUCGCUUCUCCUCCCGAGCGCUGUGCCAGCGCCACGACGCUUUCGUUCUUUCCUAGUGCAACCUGGAAUGCCUACUGCUUCAAGUACACAUCCAGAUUUGCACCUUCACUGUCUUUUGAAGUUGAGAGGAUGAGGAUGAGAGAACAAAUAGGAUACCCUAAGCACCUCAUAUAAACUAGCACACGGACACAGGAAGAAUCCAAAUAUAACUGAAGACCAUGGCAACACACUGGAGAAGAAUCCUGACACUAUUUGUGACAGCUCAAGUACUAUUUGUUGUAAAUGCCUUUGAGGAAGAGGACGUACCAGACGAAUGGAUUCUUCUUCAUGUUGUCCAAGGUCAGAUUGGAGCAGGAAACUACAGCUAUUUGAGACUAAAUCAUGAAGGAAAGAUCGUUCUUCGGAUGCGGAGUUUAAAAGGUGAUGCAGACUUGUAUGUGUCUGAUGUGACACUUCACCCCAGCUUUGACGAGUACGAGCUACAGUCUGUGACUUGUGGCCAGGACAUUGUCCACGUGCCUGCACACUUCCGCCGCCCUGUGGGAAUAGGGAUUUAUGGCCACCCCUCUCACCUGGAGAGCGAGUUUGAAAUGAAGGUGUACUAUGAUCGAACAGUUGUUCAGUACCCGUUUGGUGAGGCUUAUUUAUCUGAGGAGAUGCAGGCAAACCAGAAAUACUCACAGUCUACAGAAGAUGAAUCUCAGGAUGAGGAGUCUGUUUUCUGGACUAUACUUAUUGGAAUCUUGAAAUUAAUACUUGAAAUCCUUUUUUAAAUUGAUGCACACUAGACUUAAGUCACACUUCAUCCUGUGAAAUUGGUAUGAAUGACUUGCUGUAAUACUUAAUACUCACUAUGUUUCCUGAAGAGAUAUUCAGGUUACAUUUCCUAAACCAGAAAGGAAGUGGGGAGAAAAAGCCAUAUUUAAUUUUAUACUGUAAAUCCUCCCCAAUAUGUAAAAUCAGCAGCCAGCACAGUAUUUGCAGUGCUCUUCAGAGAUCAGGGCUUAAAAAUGAAUGUAUAGUUGGAAUCUUGUUAAAUUCACUUAAAAUAGGUGCUUAGGAAAAUCAAUUCCAAUUCAGUAUUUUCUAUUGUUUUUUAUAAAGAAAAAUGAAUAAACUACUGCACUUCAGUCCCCCUCUCAAUUUAGAGCAUAUUUAAAAAUAAAACCUGCUUUUCUGAGCAAUCAUCUCCAGUAAAACUGAUCAGCAAUGUGGUUUGUGUAUUCAUGAAGUUGAGAAGCUUAGGGUGAAGGAAGGAGAAAUCAAUCACCUAAGGGAAUAGAUGGUCUGUAUUUUGACUGUGUGUGUUCUACAUCACAUCAGCCAUCUGUCAAACAGAGGUUGGUCCAGUCACUCAUCACCACUACAAAUCCAUGACCUGAAUCUACUGCAUGUUGCUUCACUGCUAUUACUGCAGGGAGAGGGAGCCUUCAGCUGUUGUCACUUGUCAAUAUGACAUUUUCAUCUCAUUAAAACCAACACAGCAUAUAGGUAUCUCAAACUUGAGAGGUGCUUUCUUACACUUCUCUUGAUAGCUUUUUGUGAUUGAUUUUGUUUUUCAAGCACAUAUUUAUGAAUAAGUCAUUAGCUUGCACAGAAAAUUUCUGCUGAAAGGGAUUUUCAGUGUGUUGUUGGAAGGUCAUCUCAUGUCCACUCUUCCUUAGAAGUUACUUUUACCAGGAAUACUUUUUGCUUUGGUUGAGUAUUUUAGAAUAACCAGUUGCUAUGCAAAUAAAGUACAUUAAAUUGCUCUGUAAUUUUCUUUUCACAGAGCUUACUGAUAAGUGCACUGAAAUAAACAAGUAUGUUGCUAUAAUUUUAUACAAAUGCAUGUAUAAUUUAAAUUUGAUUACUGAAAGACCUCUUUUUCAAGUGGGAAUUUGGCUUGCCUUUCUCAACACCUGACAGGACAUUAGUAACUUGUAUCACAAAAAAAUCAAUAUAUAGGCAAAGUUUAUUUAGUAAAAAGAAAAAAAAAAAGUGGUAUUGCUCCUCUUACAGAGUGGUUGAUUAAAUAGCACCAGAUUAUCACUUUAAUUAGUGCAGUUAAGUUUUGGAUAGCAAGUUUUUAGGACUUUCUUAGCCCUCCUUGCUGUUUUUCCCCCUUCUUCCUCCUCUUCUGGGUACAGGAGGGUCUUUCUGACAACAAUCACAAAUCCAGCGACCUAAGAAAAGAAAGUUAUCCAUUAUUGGGAAACUGAGUUUGUUACUCUUUUAUCUAUUUAGGCAACCCUUCACCAUUCUGUUAGAUGCUUAUCUAUUUGCAGUAUUUCCUUUAAUGUAAACAACCAAUGCUUUUAAAAUUGAGCAUCUUUUCUAUAAAGCAGCAUACACAAUUCAUGCUCAUUAUGUGUAACCACUGGCUACACCAAUCUUCAUGGACCUCAAGAAGUGCCAGCACCAUAAGGAGGUGGUUAUUAGGUAAGAGCUUUACCAACAGUGCUCGAGUUUGCCAGUCAUAUUUUAAGGUGAAUAACUACAGUUUGAGGUCAUGAAGUUACACAGAGCAGAAAUGAAUGGCAGUUGGGGAAGCAUUUAACUUUUUAUUACAACAGCUAGAAUCAAAGGCUGCUUUGGUAAUUUUGUAGUUUUGUAGACAUAUAAUCAAUUUUGAUUGUAUGCUUAGGUCAGCCUUAAAGUUAAAUCAGCCACAGAACCUGUACAAAAGUGACAGCUAGCUCCAGUGCUUCCCAAAAUGGGGCAGUACAGUGUUUUAAGUACUGUCCAGGGAAUACUGCCACUGAAUAGGUAUUCAUGAACUUAACCAUGGACUUAGAAUUACAUGUAAAGCAACAGUAUCACCUGAAUAUGUAUUCAUGAACUUAACCAUGGACUUAGAAUUACAUGUAAAGCAACAGUAUAACCUGUUAUUUUCUUUCUACUGCCCUGAGUUGGCCACAAGAUAUUCGUGACUGGCUGUUUAAAGCUACUGGCUUGCCUGCCUACCUAUGGAGGUACUUCUGUUGCAGUUUUGAUGUUUAAGAAUAAAAAAGGGAAUGAAAAGAUUUAAAGAGAUAUUUACAAAUAUUAAAUUGAGACAACUACUUCAUUUAAAAGCUAAAACAGCACAAUUAAUGGGAAAGCUACACUCUAGAAAUAUGCAGCAAUACAGUUUCUUUUACAGGUUUCUUCAAAGAAAAGGGGUAAUUAUUGUCAGUAUUUUGUGGAUAUGGAAAAAACAUAGUUCUGACUGAGCCUGAUUGGAUUAUGCUGUAAAAGCCAAUUAUAUUUCCUACACAGGAAUUGCAAGAUUUAACUGUGCACAACCAAAUUACAGAAAUAAAGCUGAGUAAAAAAAAUCAGAUCCUAUAGUGUGAA